CUUCACCUGCUCGUAGAAGAUCCCAAACCAAACGACCCGUUCGCCGGCGCGUGUGCGAUCCAUCGAACUAAUUCUGCUAAAUACGCUUCUCCUCGAUCAAAUUUGCUUCUUUGGUUUUUUCUCUCUUUUAGAUUUUCUGGAUUCUUCAUUCACUCUUUGUCCAGAAGCAUGGGUUAUGACAACGAUCCGUAUCGGGAUGAGGAUGGAGAACCAUUGAUGGAUUACGAUGACGUGCAAUCCGAUCGCGAGCUCUCUCCCGAGCCCCAACAGCAAGGGCUAUUCGACGAUUUGGAGGAAGAUGUCGAUGAUUGGCGCGGGCGAGAACGAUCGCAGACUCCGGUCUAUGACAAUGAUUCGUCCAUGUCAAAGGCGAAGCCUAGGAAGAGGCUUAUCAAGAAAAGUGAUACUGGGGGCCAGUCUGUGGCUCCGGAGCUUGUUGAUGAGGAUGAGGAAGCGGAUGGUAAUAUUCCAGCAAGUUUUGUGAGGGACGGGUCUGAGGAGGGGGAGGGAAGAAAGAGGAAGGGGAAGGAUGGUGGCAGUGGGAAGAAGGAGAAGAGGUACAAGGGGGAGAAGAGGUUGGGGAGUAAUGGUAAAGGCGGCUCAAAAUCUGGGUUGUUGAAGAAAGGGUUUGCGGUUAAGGCAGGAAAGGAUCAUGAUGGCGAUGUCAAGGAGAUGUGGGAUACGAUUGCUGGGGGCGACUCUGAGGAUGAUCAGGAGGGCGUCAGGACAGUCGAUGAUGAUAAUUUCAUAGAUGACAGUGGGGUGGAACCUGCUUUAUACGGUAGUGAUCAUGAAGCUCGUUCUCCUGGUGAUUAUGCCCAGGCAGAGGAAGGUGAGGAGGAUGAUGAGAUCAAGGAACUUUUCAAGAUGGGUAAGAAGAAGAAGAAGAGCGAGAGAAGUCCUGCAGAGAUAGCUUUGCUAGUUGAGAAUGUCAUGGCUGAACUUGAGGUUACAGCUGAAGAGGAUGCUGAACUCAAUAGACAGGGGAAACCUGCCAUAAAUAAGCUGAAGAAGUUGCCUCUUUUAACUGAAGUCCUCUCAAAGAAACAACUUCAGCAGGAGUUUUUAGAUCAUGGAGUGCUAACUUUAUUGAAGAAUUGGCUUGAGCCCCUACCAGACGGAAGCUUACCAAACAUAAACAUCCGCACAGCAAUUUUGAAUAUUUUGAAUGAUUUUCCUAUAGAUCUUGAGCAGUAUGAUAGAAGGGAGCAGCUGAAGAAGAGUGGUCUUGGAAAGGUCAUUAUGUUUUUGUCAAAAUCUGAUGAAGAAAUCAGUGUAAAUAGGAAACUAGCUAAGGAGCUGGUUGAUAAAUGGAGCCGACCUAUAUUUAACAAGAGUACAAGAUUCGAAGACAUGAGAAAUAUGGAUGAUGACAGGAUUCCUUUCAGAAGGCCACCAGUGAAGAAGCCUGCAAAUAAAGCUUCAGGAAUGGAAUCUAGAGAUGGUGAUCUUGAUUUGGAAUUUUCACAGCGGAAGUCUGGACAGUCCUCUACCAGACAACUCACAACUAGGCCAGAAGCAACACCUUUGGAUUUUGUGGUGCGGCCCCCGUCUAAAGUUGACCCAGAAGAAAUUAGAGCCCGUGCAAAACAAGCUGCACAAGAUCAGCACCGUAUGAAGAUGAAUAAGAAGCUACAGCAAUUAAGGGCACCCAAAAAGAGGCAGCUUCAAGCCACUAAGUUGAGCGUCGAAGGUCGGGGCAUGAUGAAGUAUUUGUAAAUUCGACCACCUUGAUACUGGAUGGAUCUCUCGAUUCUAUGAGCCUUUUAUAAUGUAUGGCCACCAAGUGGAUGAUUAUGGAAGAAUCUGAGCAGCGUCUAUGGUGACCUAGUGGGAGAGUUGUUAGUUGUCAACACCAAAUUGUUGAUGGGGAUGAGGUGAAAUUUACUGCAGUAACUGCAUUCAUAGAUUGAAGAAUUACAUUUAUAGUUGAUGGUGUAAGCGCUAGUUUUUUUUUACUGCAUGCCUCCUUGAAUAAUAUCGUGGAUGCGAAUUGCUCAUGUUAAUUGAUAUUAGUGACUAAGAUAUUGUUUUCUCUGCGUUA